AUGCCACAUGCCCUGUCCCAGAGAGAAAACGCCCGCGAGCCGACGAACCGAUUACAGAAGAAUCAGCAUUUCCCCUGUGACAAAUGUGAUAUGAUAGCGCGCUCUAAAACAGGCCUCAAAUCCCAUAUUAGAGCGAAACAUCCUGAGAACCCGGAAAAAAUACGCACCUCGCCCUCAGCUCAUCCCACAACAUGCUUCUCUACGCUGCGAAUUUUGCCUACCCGACUUUGGCAACAUCGGAACGCUCGCAUGCCACAAAGAGUUCAAACAUCCACCUGGAACUCUAAUUCUCCCAGCAACAAUACAAGUAACGUUUCCACAAAAUAA